AUGAGGACGGAUGAUUUCGUAACCUGGUUCCUGGCCCUCUCCAUCCAAGGGGGUCUAGGGAAUGAAUAUGCAGUGGAGUUGUUGGAGCGCAAUGUGUCACCAGCCAUUGCCCGACAGCUCUACAUACAAGAUAUGUGGAGCAAGAACCUUGCAGCAGCUGCUGAGGAGGUUCGAAAAAUUGGUAGGGCCAUAGAGCUCUACGAUAUGCAAUUUGGUGGCGGGUCCACCACCAAAAACAAUGAAUCCCAGAGGCGCCCUGGGUCAUCAAACCAUCAUAAUCACUCUCACGGGUUCAAGCCGUUUGGGCUGCAACCAGGGCAGGGAGCCCCUAUGGAUAUCAGCACGGCCGCCCAACAAAAAAAUAACCAAGCGUGCCAAUUAGAAACCAAGAAACCGGACGAUCGGCUCCAUUCUUUGGCCGGUCGUUCUUACGACGAGAUCCGGGCCUUCUUCUACGAUCAGCAGGCCGCUGAAAUGAAGGCUCAGGGAAAAGAAUUCGGAGCUUAG